GGUGAUUACGUCCUUCAGGAAACAAGAAGUUCCUAUAAUGGUUGCUACAGAUGUUGCUGCUAGGGGUUUGGAUAUUCCACAUAUUAAGACUGUUGUGAAUUAUGAUAUUGCACGAAAUAUAGACACACAUACUCACAGAGUUGGAAGAACAGGCAGAGCUGGUGAAAAAGGUGUAGCUUAUACCUUGAUGAGUGAAAAAGAUAAGGAAUUUGCUGGACACAUAGUUAGGAAUCUAGAAGGAGCAAAUCAGGAAGUACCCAAAGAAGUGAUGGAUUUAGCUCUACAAAGUUCAUGGUUCAGGAAAUCAAGAUUUAAACAAGGUAAAGGAAAAAAAUUGAAUGUUGGAGGCGUCGGAUUGGGUUUCAAAGAACGUCCAGGAAUGCGAACUUCAGAAGAUACUGGCACAAAUAAUUCCUAUGAAAGAGCUAUUAUUAAACCACCUAAAGGACCUGCUACAAGCAGACUUUCUGCAAUGAAAGAAGCUUUCAAAUCCCAAUAUACCAGUCAGUUUAAAGCGUCGACUGAUCACUCUUGGGAAAAUAAUGUGCAACCGCAAUUUGUACCACCAUUAGCUCCAGAGCCAUUGCCUAUUCAAGAUAAUAAUAAACGCAAAGCUAAAAAGAGCAGAUGGGAAUAA